AUGCCAGCUAACGACGAACACACCACAGCUAAGGAGCAGUCUCGAUUGUCAUCGCGGUGUCGGCAUCAUCAGCAAUGCAAAGGAACCCCUCGCCGCUCCCUCGAGCGGUCUAACAGACGACCGAAGGAAGGCGAAGAAAUCCCCGCAACGAUAGCCGCCCCAGCUUCGCACAGAAGUGGUGGUGGUGGUGAUGGUACGAAUAGGACAGCGAGACAUGAAGAACCAACGGCGAGCGCACGAUCUGCAGGCACCGCUGCUUCUUUUAGUUCUUCGAAGGGUGGGCGGGGGCUGCCUUCGGCGUACUGUGGAAGCGGGGUUCCUUCGGGCAGAACAACGUCAAGAUCGCUCACAAGUAGCGCAGCGAUCAGCCUUACCGACUACGCCACAGACACUCCAAGGGAAACCGUUCGUACGACGACAACCAUGGCCAUGAGCACGGCGAGAGCAGAGGCUACGCUAGCCGUGCUGGAGGCGGAACGAGCACAGUUGGAACAUCGUCUGAAGAAGGUGGAGGACGAGCUGAGGCAGGAGCGAAUCUUGAGCAAGGAGAACAACAAAAAGCGUGGACACCGCCUUGCGGCACCGCCAAGAACGACCCGAUGA